AUGAGGGAUGUGGAGAGCAGGACACCAAUAGCCCCCUGCCAGCCCUAUAUUGAGACCGUUUUAGACCAGCGUUGGUUUCUCAACCUUGGCACUACUGAACAAGUUAGGUCAAAGCCCUUUAAGCUCCUAGGAAUUUUAGACGUCCAGAACAUUCCCUGUGCACGGGACUCAGUAUUAUAUGGUUCAUUAGGAUCUGUUGUGGCUGGCCUUGGACAUUUUUUGUUAACUAGCAGAAUUAGAAGAUCAUGUGACGUUGGAGUAGGAGGAUUUAUCGUGGUGACUUUAGGAUUCUGGUUCCACUGUAGGUAUAAUUAUGCAAAGCUAAGAAUCCAGGAAAGACUCGCCAGAGAAGGAAUUAAAAAUAAGAUUUUAUAUGAAAGUACCCACCUUGAUCCUGAAAGAACACAAACCAGCAAUAGCAGCAGCACCUGAACAGAUUCGAGCACAGAACCCAAAUACAACUCACUGGCGUCAGUGUGAACCAAGAUGAGAUCAACUAUGUAAAACAUCCUAUGUACCAUAAGGCGGCUUUCAAUCAAGUAAAUAAAGUAUGUGUAAGCUGUAGUCUUUUUUCACUUAAA